AUGUCUACCGAUCUAGAACAAAUUUUAGAUUUGCCCAGAAUUCGGAUGUCGCCGGUUAAGCAGUUUUCUUCUUCUUACAGUGCAACAGAAGAGAAGGAUAAUGCUUUUAACUGCGACGAAGAAUGCCGGACACCGACAUCUGAACAACACAAGAUUCCAUCGACGAUUUCCUGUCCUCCGGCGCCUCGAAAGCCGAAGACAAGAUACGUUUCAUGCAAAAGGAAGCUGGUUGAGCUGGAGUUCUUCGAGAUCAGGAAUCGGGAAGAAGUUGAAACGUUUUUAAAAGCCAGUUUUGAUCUUCAAGAGAUUUGA